CACGGCCUCCACCCCAUGAACUUGGGGCUGGAGGGGUCGUUGGAGGCCCGGCUGGCACUGGAGGCGGUUAUCCAGACACUGGAGAGCAGCAUCCUGGGGUCGGGCCAGGAGAAGGGCCUGAACGUGCAGGACCCGGCCCAGGAUUCCCAGCCCACCUGCCUGCCUGCCCGCAUCAGGGAGAUUGUCACCCGCAACUUCUCCCAGCCUGAGAGCCCAGCCCUGCUGCCGGCCACCGAGAUGGCAUCCAUGCUGUCACUGAAGGAGGAGAGCCAGCUUCUGCAGCAGGAGCUGUCCCGCGUGGAGGACCUGCUGGCCCAGAGCCGGGCUGAGCGCGAUGAGCUGGCCAUCAAGUACAACGCGGGCCCUUCCCUGCAGCUGGAGCAGGCUGUGCGGCUGGAGUCUGGGGAGCUGGAAACACAGGAGCCCAGGGGGCUGGCACGGCAGAGCGUGGAGCUGCGGAGGCAGCUGCAGGAGGAGCAGGCCUCCUACCGGCGCAAGCUGCAGGCCUACCAGGAGGGCCAGCAGCGGCAGGCCCAGCUCGUGCAGCGGCUGCAGGCCAAGAUCCUCCAGUACAAGAAGAAGACCUCGGAGCUGGAGCAGCAGCUGCUGGAGAGAGCUGCGGAGCUGGGGCAGCAGCGGCUGAGGGCCACAGAGCACAGCCAUGACCUAGAGAGCGCCCUCAUCCGCCUGGAGGAGGAACAGCAGAGAAGCGCCAGCCUGGCCCAGGUGAACUCUAUGCUCCGAGAGCAGCUGGACCAGGCGAACUCGGCCAACCAGGCUCUGAGUGAGGACAUACGCAAGGUGACCAGUGACUGGACACGCAGCCGCCAGGAGCUGGAGCAGCGGGAGGCAGCGUGGAGGCGCGAGGGAGAGUCUUUCAACGCCUACUUCAGCCAGGAGCACAGCCGCCUGCUUCUCCUGUGGAGGCAGGCUGUGGGGGCCCGACGGCUGCUCAGCGAGGUGAAGAUGUCCACCGAGAGGGACCUGCUGCAGCUGGGAGGGGAGCUGGCCCGGACCUCACGAGCCAUCCAGGAGGCGAGCUUGGGGUUGAGCGCAGGCCUGCGGCUGGCCGAGAGCCGGGCCGAGGCGUCCCUGGAGAAGCAGGCCCUGCUGCAGGCCCAGCUGGAGGAGCAGCUGCGGGACAAGGUGCUCCAGGAGAAGGACCUGGCCCAGCUGCAGGUGCAGAGCAACCUGGACAAAGCCGACCUCAGUGCCAGAGUGACUGAGCUGGCCCUGACAGUCGAGCGCCUUCAGAACCAGAAUCUGGAAAAGGAUCGGCUCAACAAGGCCCUCACGGAGAAGCUUGAGGCCCUGGAAUCCCUGCGGCUCCAGGAGCAGGCGGCCCCGGAGACGGAGGAUGGAGAGGGGCUGCAGCAGACCCUGAGGGACCUGGCACAGGCCGUCCUGUCAGACAUGGAGAGCGGCGUCCAGUUAAGUGGCUCUGAGCGUACAGCGGCCGCAUCGGACGGCAGCCUGCGGGGGCUCUCGGGGGCGCGGACCCCGUCCCCACCGAGGCGCUCCUCGCCCGGCCGUGGCCGUUCCCCCCGCCGAGGCCCAUCCCCUGCCUGCUCGGACUCCUCCACACUAGCCCUGAUUCACUCCGCUCUGCACAAGCGUCAGCUGCAGGUCCAGGACAUGCGGGGGCGGUAUGAGGCCAGCCAGGACCUCCUGGGCACCCUGCGGAAGCAGCUUAGUGACAGCGAGUUGGAGCGCCGUGCCCUUGAGGAACAGCUGCAGCGUCUUCGGGAUAAGACCGACGGGGCCACCCAGGCCCAGGAGGAUGCACAGCGCGAGGCCCAGCGCCUGCGCAGUGCCGUCGACCUCCUGAACAGGGAGAAGGACAGCCUAGCCCACAGCCUGCAGGUGGCCCAGCAGCAGGCUGAGGAGCUACCGCAGGAGCGGGAGAAGCUGCAUGCAGCCCAGGAGGAGCUGCGGCGCCAGCGGGAGCAGCUGGAGGAAGAGCGGGAGGACGCAGCACAGGACAGCGCACGGACACGCAGGGAGCUCGAGCGCAGCCAUAGACAACUAGAGCAGCUGGAAGUGAAGCGCUCAGGGCUGGCGAAGGAGCUGGUGGAGGUGAGGGAGGCGCUGAGCUGUACCACGCUUCAGCGGGACAUGCUGCAGGCUGAGAAGGCCGAGGUGGCCGAGGCGCUGACCAAGGCUGAGGCUGGCCGCGUGGAGCUUGAGCUCUCCAUGACCAAGCUGAGGGCCGAGGAGGCCUCUCUGCGGGACUCCUUAUCCAAGCUGAGCGCCCUGAACGAGAGUCUUGCCCAGGACAAGCUGGGUCUGAACCGCCUUGUCGCCCAGCUCGAAGAGGAAAAGGCAGCCCUGCUGGGCCGGCAGCGGCAGGCGGAGCGCGAGGCCGCCUCCGCGCAGGAGGGGCAGGUGCUGCUGGAGCAGCUGCGGCUGGAGCACGAGGUGGAGCGGCAGGGCCUGCAGGGCUCCCUGCGGGCGGCAGAGCAGGCCCGGGGGGCCCUGGAGCGCCAGCUCCCGGAGUUGCACCAGGAGCGCUGCCGGCUGCAGGAGCAGCUGGCCCAGCUCUCCCGGCAGCUGAGCGGGCGGGAGCACGAGCUGGAGCAGGCUCGGCGGGAGACGCAGCGGCAGACGGAGGCGUCGGAGCGGGCGGCCCGGGAGAAGGAGGCGCUGGCCAAGGAGCGGGCCGGCCUGGCGGUGCAGCUAGCAGCAGCCGAGCGUGAGGGCCGGACCCUGUCGGAGGAGGCCACACGCCUGCGCUUGGAGAAGGAAGCCCUGGAGAGCAGCCUGUUUGAGGUGCAGCGGCAGCUGGCGCAGCUCGAGGCCCGGCGGGAGCAGCUGGAAGCAGAUGGGCAGGCCCUACUGCUGGCCAAGGAGACCCUGACCGGGGAGUUGGCGGGCUUGCGGCAGCAGAUAACAACUACAGAGGAGAAGGUCGCUCUGGACAAGGAACUGAUGGCCCAGAAGUUGGUGCAGGCUGAGCGGGAGGCCCAGGCCUCUCUGCGGGAGCAGCGGGCAGUCCACAAGGAGGACUUACAGCGACUCCAGCGAGAGAAGGAGGCGGCAUGGCGGGAGCUGGAGGCAGAGCGGGCCCAGCUGCAGAGUCAGCUGCAGCGGGAACGGGAGGAACUGCUGGCCCGGCUGGAGGCCGAGAAGGAAGAGCUAAGCGAGGAGAUUGCCGCCCUGCAGCAGGAGCGCGACGAGGGCCUCCUCCUGGCCGAGAGCGAGAAGCAGCAGGCCCUGUCCCUGAAGGAGUCCGAGAAGACGGCGCUGUCGGAGAAGUUGAUGGGGACGCAGCACAGCCUGGCCGCCAUCUCCCUGGAGAUGGAGCGACAGAAGCGCGAUGCUCAGAGCCGGCAGGAGCAGGACCGGAGCACCGUGAAUGCCCUGACGUCCGAGCUGCGGGACCUGCGGGCCCAGCUUGAGGAGGCUGCCGCGGCCCAUGCGCAGGAGGUGAAGAGGCUGCAGGAACAGGCCCGAGACCUGGGCCGGCAGCGGGAGUCCUGCCUGCGUGAGGCAGAAGAGCUUCGGACCCAGCUGCACCUGCUGGAGGAUGCCCGCGACGGGCUGCGGCGGGAGCUGCUGGAGGCCCAGCGCAAGUUGCGUGAGAGCCAGGACAACCGUGAGGCCCAGCGCCAGGAGGCGGGUGAGCUGCGGCGCAGCCUGAGCGAGGGGGCCAAGGAGCUCGAGGCCCUGCGGCGGUCCAACGAGGAGCUGCGGGUGGCCGUGAAGAAGGCGGAGAGUGAGCGGAUCAGCCUGAAGCUUGCCAAUGAGGACAAGGAACAGAAGCUCGUGCUCCUGGAGGAGGCCCGGGCGGCUGUGGGCAAGGAGGCUGGCGAGCUGCGGGCUGGGCUGCAGGAGGUGGAGCGCUCACGGCUGGAGGCUCGGAGGGAGCUGCAGGAGCUCCGGCGGCAGAUGAAGAUGCUGGACAGUGAGAACACCAGGCUGGGCCGGGAGCUGGUGGAGCUGCAGGGCCGCGUGGCACUGGGCGAGAGGGCAGAAAAGGAGGGCAGACGGGAGGCCCUGGGCCUCCGACAGAAGCUGCUAAAGGGCGAAGCCAACCUGGAGGCUGUGCGGCAGGAGCUCCAGGGAGCCCAGCGGAAGCUGCAGGAGCAAGAGGGCGAGUUCCGGACCCGCGAGCGAGGCCUGCUGGGCUCCCUGGAGGAGGCACACAGCGCCCAGAAACAGCAGUUGGACCAUGCCCGCAGCCUGGAACUGAAGCUGGAGGCCGCCCGGGCCGAGGCUGCGGAGCUGGGGCUGCGACUGAGCGCGGCCGAGGGCCGGGCUCAAGGCCUGGAGGCCGAGCUGGCCCGCGUGGAGACGCAACGGCGCGCAGCGGAGGCCCAGCUGGGGGGCCUGCGCUCAGCCCUGCGCCGGGGCCUGGGCCUCGGUGGUGUGUCCAGCCCUCCCCCGCGGCCCGCGCCCGUCUCUCCUAACGGGAGCGCGCCUGCUGGAGGAGGCGGGGAAGAGCUCAGCAGCCCCAAGCCCUUGGAACGCAGCCCCGGGUCCCAGCCGCCAUCCCCAGGACCUGCCACCUCCCCGGCACCUCCAGACCUGGACCCGGAAGCAGUGCGGGGGGCCCUCCGGGAGCUCCUGCAGGAGCUGCAGAGCGCCCAGAGAGAACGGGAUGAGCUUCGGGCCCAGACGAGUACCCUGAGUCGCCAGCUGGCGGAGGCGGAGGCCGAGAGGGACAGUGCGGCCUCACGGGCAAGGCAGUUGCAGAGGGCUGUGGCUGCGAGUGAGGAGGCCCAGCGCAGCGUGGACGGGCGGCUGAGCGGGGCCCAGGCUGAGCUGGCGCUGCAGGAGGAGAGCGCGCGGCACAGCGAGCGGGAGCGCCGGGCUGUGCUGGACCAGGUGGCUGCCCUGGAGAGGGGCCUGCAGGCCACCGAGAGCGAGCUCCGGGCCAGCCAGGAGAAGAUCAGCAAGAUGAAGGCCAACGAGGUGAAGCUGGAGAGCGACAAGCGGCGUCUGAAGGAGGUGCUGGAUGCCUCUGAGAGCCGCAGCGUCAAGCUGGAGCUGCAGCGGCGCUCGCUCGAGGGGGAGCUGCAGCGCAGCCGCCUGGGCCUGAGCGACCGGGAGGCCCAGGCCCAGGCCCUCCGGGAGCGGGUCGACUCCCUGCAGAGGCAGGUGGCAGACAGUGAGGCGAAGGCGGGGACUCUGCAGCUGACAGUCGAGCGGCUGAGGGGGGCCCUGGCCAAGGUGGAAGAGAGCGAGGGGGUCCUGCGGGACAAGGUGCAGGGCCUGAUGGAGGCUCUGACCCAAAGCAGCGCCAGCCUCACCAGCACCCAGGACAAGAACCUGCACAUGCAGAAGGCACUGACUGCUUGUGAACAUGACCGCCAAGUGCUCCAAGAACGGCUGGAGGCCACGCGGCAGGCGUUAUCCGAGGCAAGGAAGCAGAGCAGCUCCCUGGCUGAGCAGGUGCAGACCGUGCGGGGCGAGCUAGCGGACCUGGAGCUGCAGCGGGCGGAGUCCGAGGGCCGGCUGCAACAGCUGCAGGAGGUGCUGCGGCAACGGCAAGAAGGUGAGGCUGCGGCCCUACACACGGUCCAGAAGCUGCAGGAUGAGCGGCGGCUGCUGCAGGAGCGCCUGGGGAGCCUGCAGCGUGCCCUGGCUCAGCUGGAGGCCGAGAAGCGGGAGGCGGAGCGCUCAGCCCUGCAGCUGGAGAAGGACCGGGUGGCCCUCAAGAGGAUGCUGGACAAGGUGGAAUGGGAGAAGCUUCGCAGUCACGAGGACACGGUGCGGCUGAGCGCAGAGAAGGGCCUCCUGGACCACACGCUCACAGAGGCUGAGUUGGAGCUGGCCGAGGCCCGGGGGCAGAUCCAGCUGCUGGAGGCCCAGGUGGCAGCACUGCAGCAGAACCACAGCCCAGCGCGGCUGGAGGUGGAUGAGCAGCGGCUGGAGCUGCAGCAGGAAGUGGAUCGCCUGCGCAGUGCCCAGGUGCAGACGGAGCGCACUCUGGAGGCGCGGGAGCGGGCCCACCGGCAGCGGGUGCGUGGCCUGGAGGAGCAGGUAUCCACACUGAAGGGACAGUUGCAGCAGGAGCUUCGAAGGGGCUCAGCUUCUUUCUCCCCCUCCUCCGGCCCCCCAGAGAAGUGAGCACCUUGCCAGCGGGCACCCUGGAGAGCAGCCCCGUGGCCGGGGCGGGACAGGGGAGGGAGGACUCCGGCACCAGGCCAGACCCGGCAGCGCCCUCCCAGCCUCGUCAGAGCCGACCACCCUCUGUGGGCUCCCCACUCAGUCCAGCCCCCUCUCCCCCAGGAUGAGCCCGUGUGAGGUCCCCCAGGACCAGUUUGAGGUCCUCCCUGAGUGUCUGAGCCAAAGCCAGGGGUUGGAGAGACCUCCCCCCUACCUUGUCUCUGGCCAACCCUGGAGCACAGGUUCACGGGAAAGAGAAGGGAUGUCCAGGCCUGGGGCAGGGGACCUUCUCUGGCUUCCCAGAGAUCUCUUUGCCUUAGUUCAGAGUAUUUGUCAGGAAAUUCCUCAGAGUUCAGAGUCCCUGUAUUUUUGUACCUUUUUACAAUGUUAACUGUUCAGAACUGUUGUGUUUUUUGUAACAAGACGACCCCAUUUAAAAAAAGACGGUUUGUACA